UGCUUUGCAGGCACAACAAUAUUGCUUAAUUCAUCCUUACAUUUGCUGUGUUCUCUUUUCUAAGCAAUCCAGAAAUAUAUAUUCUUCUACAGGCAGUAAAAUCCUAUUAAAUGUCUACUUGGAACUAAUCCCAGCUGUGUUCAGUGGGGUUAAUUCCCAAGCUAAGUCUACUGAAGGUUGCAAUGUUAAUUAUCUCUUUGAGUGUCAAUAGUGGUACCUCUUUUUUGCAUCAUUUUAAAUUUCAGUAGCCACAGUUUGGGCUGUGUAUAAAUUCUUAUGUAAGCUGCUGAGCAAACCUUACUUUCUUUGAAAAGUACUCACUGUGAAUUUGACAUGUUAAGUUUCUUUUGAAACUGUACUGGGAGCGGCUGUUCAAAAAAUGAAAGUGGUCAAGCUCACAUUGAGAAAGCAAAGUGAGUAACGCAGUGCUGUACUGUGCCAAUAGCAAUGUCACAUUUAACAUUCUUUACAGCUAGGUCCUUCAUUCACAACUUCCCACUCAGUGCCCUUUGUCAGCAGGGAACAAUUUAACCUUUGACAACUACAAACUUUCAGAAAAUGGUGGAGAGAAUAAUUAGAAAUGGACACAUAAUUGCAAUAUAACCUUAAAUAAUAAAAAUAAAACAAUUUCAUUAAAAUUCUUUGUAUUUAAUACUAAAAGAAAGCUUACUAACUAGAGUAGAAUUACUUGGCACUUACUGGUGAGACCAAUACCAAACUUCAGAGUUGUAAUAUGGUAUUUUCAUAUGAUCACUGGGGCCUUUAAAUGUCAAAUGUUUUCCAGACUUUCCUAGAUUCAUUUCUGUUUUCCAGAAAAGACACAUCUGCUAACCAUUGAGAAAAUGUUCUUGAACAAAUUGCAUUGUUUUCAAAAAGGAACUUGCGCACAAAGAGGAAUUUUACAACAUUCAAACAUAUUGUGCUGAAAAUUCUCUUUCAUGUGUUUUUUUAUAAUUUCCCUUAUCAUAAGAAGAGAAAUAUGCCUCAGAGAUUACUUUGAAGAGCUACAUAGUCUGCCUUAGAAAUAACUGAAAUAGCUUGGAAAUAUGUUAUCCACUGCUAGGAUUACAUUUACAAAAGUGUCUUUUUCCUCUUUAAAAAUAAGUUGCAGCUGUUUCUAUAUCCCCAAAGAUCACUAAUGAAACAUCAGUGGAGCUAUAAAAUGCAUAAGCAUUUAUGCAACCAAAGCAUCUUUGAAACUGUGUUCCAUGUACUAGUUGUUUAUAUUUGAAGUAAUUUGGAGGUAAGAAGUUGAAUCCAUGAGCCAAUUUUGAUCCAUGUAGUUGAACUUAGGACCCAUUGAAGUCCACAUGAAAAAAUAGUGAUGGUGUAAUGUAAGUAUUUCAGUGAGAAUGAUUUGCUGCUUAGAUAUUUUGGAUUCAACUCAAGAUUAUUCUGCAGAAAUUUAUAUUCCCAUUUGGGCAUGGCAUUCGGUAUUGACAUUUAUUUCUUAUUGUUGGCAUCUUUUGGGCCAAAAUAUUUAGUAUGGUUCCAGACAUGAUCAGCUGGACUAUUAAUAUUUUUUCUAAUACUGAUGAUUACCCUUUAUCCUAACUUGAAGCAAAGCAUUUCAUUGUGUAGGUUAAUGUUAUUAAUGUGACUAUCAAAGAGUGUCUGGGACACCAUGGGAUGCUCUGGAUCUCCUUUUUGCUGACAGAAAGAGCUAUAAACAUGAAGGAGGAGAUCCAGUCAUGAAUCUGCCCUCACUCCUAGCCACCACAGAAAACUUUUCUUAUGGACUGAAUUACUUGUAAGAGAAGUUGGAAAGAAGGGGGCAUCCUGGAGGGUUGUGCCAUAUCCUGUGCCUCUCUCGUUGCCUUUCCUCCACUAAGUUGGGCUUAGUGGCAUAGGUAGCUGUCUUUUAUAUUUUCAGUGAAGGAACAGAGGUGAUAUUGCCUCUGCCUUCCUCAUAUCCUGCCAGGUUCUUCCUAGCAUGGCAUAGGGUAGGGUAGGUACACGUUUCCAAAUGAAAGCUAAUAGAAUGCAUGUGUGGGUUGAAGUCCACACUUUGACAGCUAGUUAAAUGUCACUGUGUGUGAAAUUUUAUAACCAUAAUGCCUUUAAUAAAAUAUAAUUGUUUCUACAAUAAUUUUUCUGAACAUUCUUCAAUAAUACAGUUGUGUAAACAGGAUUCAUAAUAUAUACGUAUAUAGUUUGCUGAUUGUUCUAACUAUAACCCAUUGUGCUGCAUUGGAUCAUAUUCUGGGAGGUUCCUUGAUCAGGACAUGCAGUGGGGGUCGGGGUGUAGAAAAGCCUUAUUUCACAUGCAGCCCUUUGGAGCCUAGUCUGUGUUUAGGGAAACAAAUCUUAAUCAAGCUUUUCUCACAUGUAUUUCAAAAAAGAGAUAGCAACACACACAAAAGACAUGGCACACGUUCCUUGUUCAUAUUUUGUUGAUAAUAUGAAUUUUUAUGCCAUUAUUUCUCAGUUGAUAAAAUCUUUAUUGUAUGCUGAUAGUUUGUUCAUACUACCAGAUGUUCAAAAGUACAUGCCUCUUGAACAGUGGCAUGGAAAAAUCUCAAGAUACUCAUCAUCACAGUCCAGUUUUCAGUGUACUUUUAUAUAAGCAAGACUUGUUCAGCAUCAUUCCCAGCAUGUUCUUAUUAAAGAAUGAAUAGAGUUACAGUCUGAUUAUCAGCUUCUUGACAAGUGACAGGAAUAUAUGGAGUGCAAGAAUGAGGCAUGAAUCUUUUUGUAGAAAAGAUUGUAAGCUGUCUAUUUUGCAAGCAAGGCUCUUUUUCUGUGACCACCAAUGUAUAGAGGGGUAGUGCUUAUUUCAUAAAGUUCUCAAAGAUUACUGCCAAAAGUCCAAAGUGAAAAACUGAACCCAGAUUUUCCCAUCACCGUUUUGCCCUUGAGAUAAAGUGAUUAUGUAAAAAUAGAAAGGGAAGGAUUUUCAUCUUGCCAGAGUGAACAGUCCUUCUCAAGGUAAGGAUGAGGAGGUACAUUUCUGCACCAUGUAGAUAUGGUCCACUUCAAGAAAUAACUUAUGUGUUGGUUUUAAUGUACAACUACAGUGCAACGAGUGUCAAUUUUUGAUCCAUGUAUCCAUUAUCAUUCCACGUAUUUUCCUUGAAGGGCUUGAUCAUUUGCAUGAGCUCCAGCAGAUGCUCACAAAGGAUUGAUGUUCUGUAUGUGCUUCAAGUGAACAUGCAUAAAUUUGUAGGGAUGAAAGCAGAUGAUUUCAUGAAUAACAAGAAGUCACACGAAGUACAGUUGAUGUCAGAGUUAGUGGAUGGCAUUGCAAAAUACUGUGGCUUAAACCAGGUUAUUGACUUAGGCUCUGGAAAAGGCUACCUGAGCUCCUUCUUGUCAAUGCAGUAUAAUCUGAAGGUUUAUGGAAUUGAUUCCUCAAACACAAACACCCAUGGAGCUAAUGAAAGGAACAGGAAAUUGAAGAAACACUGGAAAGCCUAUCAAAGACGGGCAAGAGCAAAUGUCAGAGGCCAUGUGUUGGAAGAGGCAAGGGAAAGGUCUGAGCAAGAUAAAGAGAAAAGUAAAGCAAAUAUCAGUGAAAAGCUCUUAAGUACUAAUAACAGUCUUCAAAGUCAGGCCCAGGUGGCUGCUCCAGAUUCCAUUCAUUUUGAAACAGCUGAUGUUUUCAUAGACUCUGAUAUGUGUAUUACUAACAAACAAUAUGAACUUCAUUCUGGGGCUCAGCUGCAGCCUGAUGAGAACAACAUUCCUGAAAAUGUAUUUCUAAAUAUUCUGCCUGCUGACGCUGUAGAAGCUGACUGUUCACCCAGGAGUAAUUGCAGGGAGCUUUGUGAAGAAGAGAGAGAACGAAGGAAGAUGGCUUCUCUUAAAGCCAAAGCAAGCAGGUCAAAAGAAGCCAACGUAUAUUCUCCACUAACAUCAUAUAUCACUGCAGAAACAGAGCUACGUGACAUUAUUGCUGAUCUGGAGGACUGUGUAAUCGUGGGUUUACAUACAUGUGGUGAUCUUUCUCCAAGCACCCUGCGACUUUUUAAUGCUAAACCUGAAAUCAAGGCGGUUUGCAGUGUGGGCUGCUGCUACCAUCUGCUGUCAGAGGAGCAUGAAACUCAGGAAGGUGGGAUUCAGGAAACAUGGGGUUUCCCCAUGUGCCAGUAUUUAAAGGAGGAGGACUGGUUCUGUGGUCGCAAUGCCAGAAUGGCAGCCUGUUUGGCUCUGGAACGAGUUGCAGUUGGCCAAGUGCUGCCUACUGAAUCAUUGUUUUAUCGAGCUGUCUUACAGGUUAUUGUAGAAGAAUUUUAUGGAGUCACGAGAAGUGAUUGUAAUAUUGGGAAAGUGUUUUCUAAAUCAACUUCCUUCAUGGAUUAUGUUCGAAAAUCUUUAAAAAAGCUUGGCCUUGAUGAAUCAAAGAUUUCAGACAAGCUCAUAACAGAGUAUUUUGAAAAAUACAAGCAUAGAAUGAAUGAGAUGGAAGCUUUCAAUAUGCUGAAAGUUGUCCUAGGACCUUGCAUAGAGGUGCUAAUACUUUUGGAUCGGCUCUCCUACCUCAAAGAACAGGACAACAUUGCCUGGUCUGGACUGGUAAAGUUAUUCGAUCCCAUAAAAUCCCCCAGAUGCUAUGCAGUUGUGGCUCUGAAGAAGCAGACAUUUCAAGUGCAAGCAAAUUGUUAGGUUGAUCUAAAGCUGGGAACUAAUCUUACUAUUUGUACUUUGAAUUCAGUUUGGUUUUUACAAUUCUAAAAUUAUUAAGCAUUUUGUUGUUUACUAAGAGUUUUAAUAUGUUUAUACAUCAUGACAAGUCAGAAAAGUAAAUUUUUAGACUAUAUAUGUCACAAUAUUCCAACUUACUAGCUCAGUGUGAAAUUUCACUCUUGCCUUAUAUGGUUGAUUUGACAGGGUUUUACCAAUUCUUCCAGAAAAAUGAGCAAAGUGAAAUUAAGGACAGAUACUCCACAAUCAGAUUUCCCAGCUGAAAACUUGAAAAUAUCUGUGUAUGCAUGUGUGUAUUGUUGUUUGAAGUUACUCACCUGAAGUUACUCUUUAGAAAGUGUUGUGUGGGUGUGAGUGAGGGCAACUUUGGUUUUUCAGAAAGAUUGCUGCAGGUUUUUUUUUAAAGGAACUGCUAUCUCUUCCCAAUUGUUUUCAGCCUUCCUGCAGCUUCUUUUAUUUGAAUAAAUUAAGGAGAUUAAAGUCAUAGGAAUCCUGGAUCAGGUCUGUCUAUACCUUGAGUACAUUCAGUGCUAUCUUGGCCUUUCAGGAAAGAAAGAAAUUCCUUUCCCAGCCCAUCUUGUUAACACUGCAUAAUGUAUACUGUGCACAGCUAAUUCCUCUUCUAGCUGUGAAACAUUGUGAGAAGACUGUCUUUUCUAUUGCCUGCACUGUAGGAGUACAGGAGAGUAGUUGGCAGACUGUAGAAUGAAAGACCAUAGAGAUAUAUUAAGGGGCAUUGGAUAGCAGGAAAAUGAACUUACACCCCACAUAGUUUACCCAUAGAAGACUGGGGAAGCAUCAAUAGUUGGUUAUGCUGCUCAUUGUUCACCCCUGGGUUCCCAUUGGAGGCAAUGACCAGCUGCUUAAUGCUGCCUUGGGUCACUUGCUCGGGUAUAGCAAAUGCAUAGCUGCUCCUGGGUUGUUCUUGCUGAGUCAUUUUUGCCUGUCUUACCUCAUAGUGGAGGUGGGUUUGUAGCUUUUUGUUUUCUCUUUUUUCCUUGUGAAAAUAGAAUGGUAUAUGUGCUAUACGCAACACUGACAGUUGUAAUAGAAAUGUGACCAACAAGCUCCCCUUCACAGAUUACAUGGGAGCAAUCAUGUUAACCAAAGUGUAUAUAUAUGGGAGUCCUCCAGAAUAUGUAUCUCCUGUGGUGCACACAGUUGUGAACCUAGAUUUGCAAGCGGCACAUUCUAUUUGGCUUGUAUAAUAUAUUUUUCUUGUAUUUACUAAAAGCAUGAUACAUUAUGCUUUAACUGAAAGCCUUAAGAUCUCAGUUUUCUUCUCAUUAAUUGAUCAUCAGUUUAAAAUAGCUUACUUCAUGUUACGUGUUUGAGAACUGAUGACAAACACUCUUUUUCUUUUCAACUUACCUCAGUAGGUACAUACGUUCUGCAAAGAACAUGAAGGUAACUUUUAAUGGAAUGGAAGAAAUAAUUACUGAUAUUUCCUCUUGUGUUUAUAUUAUACUUUAUAUAAAAUUUUUGUUAAAAUAUGACUUUGCUCAUAAUAUGUCACUUAAAUAAAACAUGGAUAUAUUUAAAAUGUAUUAAACUGGCAGGUUGGUUUGUGGUAAUCUUUCUGCUUCAAAUAUGCUAACAUUAGUUUUGGGUUGAUUAUUGGGAACCUUUCCACUUCAUAGAGUCCAUUGCUGCUGGCAUACAAUUGGAUGACAUUUUUCAAGCCAUGCAACUGUACAAUAUAACAAAAAUAAUUCAGAACCUGCAAGAGUAAAUGAUCUUUUAAAUAUUCCUAAUAAACACAUUAAAAAGGACAAAA